AUGACAUCAACAUCGAACCCGCUGGUACGAGAUCUCAACUAUUUCGUCCUCUCUGCAGCGAAUCCGGCCGCCAUUCAUCUUCUAUCGGAAAUCCAGUCCAAAUCAUCACCACCGACCCUCCAUAGCGGUGAGGAGACCAUUGGCUACCGCAUAUCCAUCCCUUCUCACAACUCGCGCCAGGACGAGGUUUGCUACAAGUGGAGGGUUGGCGCUGGUCCCUCGCCAGCCAUCGCCAAGAUGGGGGAUAUUUUUGUCCCGGAAAUUCUUCUCUGCCCGCAGGAUACAUCACAGACACCAAGCUCCAAGACAGUUCGCGCAUACAUCAAGCACAUUCACGCCGUUCUUUUCCUCCAUCCGCAGUCAGGAGCUCUGAAAUAUGCGCGGGGCCAGACAGCAAAGUCAAGUCUUGCGUUCUGCGGCGAAGGAAAAACUACCUCCAAUUCGGCCCAUACCGUUUCCUUCUCGAGUUUACCGUUAGCCAUCAAGACCGAGGCAGAUUCAGCAAAACCAUCGACCGAUCUCUUCAUCAUCGCCAUCAUAAGCUCUUUAGCUUCAUUCCUAGCACAGAUAUCGAAACUCUCUGGAACGUAUGGCUGCAUCGUAAAGUUCCGAAUUCAUCCUCACUACAGACUGGAGUUCACAUUUACACCGGGCAGCCGGUGGCAGUAA